AUGCACGUACAAUCUCUUCUGCUGGCUUCUGGCCUCGUGCCUCUGGCCGCUAGCCAGGGCUGCCCCUUUGCCAAGCGCGCCACAGACACUAAUCUCGUUCCCCCGAGAGAAAUCCCCGAGGACUUUGGCAUCUGCCGCGUCGCUAGCAACCAGGCUGGUGGCGGCACUCGAUCCAGGGACUUUUGGCCUUGUGCUCUGAGAUUGGAUGUCUUGAGGCAGUUUUCGCCUCAGUAUAACCCAUUGGGUGCUGAUUUCGACUACACCGAGGCCUUCAAGUCUCUGGACUUUGCUGCUCUGAAGAAGGAUCUCAACGCGCUUCUCACUGAUUCUCAGGAUUGGUGGCCUGCUGACCAUGGUAACUAUGGUGGUCUCUUCAUUCGCAUGUCAUGGCACAGCGCUGGUACCUACCGCGCAAUGGACGGCCGAGGUGGCUCCGGAAUGGGUCAACAACGAUUUGCUCCUCUCGACAGCUGGCCCGACAACCAGAACCUGGACAAGGCCCGUCGUCUGCUCUGGCCUAUCAAGCAAAAGUACGGCAGCAAGAUCUCAUGGGCUGACUUGAUCGUCCUCGCCGGCAACGUCGCUCUCGAGCACAGCGGCUUCGAGACCCUCGGUUUCGCUGGUGGUCGCGCUGAUACCUGGGAGGCUGAUGAGUCCAUCUACUGGGGUGCCGAGUCCACCUUUGUCCCCAAGGGUAACGACGUUCGCUACAACGGUAGCACAGACAUUUACGAGCGUGCCGAUAAGCUCGAGAAGCCUCUUGGUGCUACGCACUUUGGCCUCAUCUACGUUAACCCCGAGGGUCCUGAUGGAAGCUCUGACCCCAAGGCUUCAGCUCUUGAUAUCCGUACUGCUUUUGGCCGUAUGGGUAUGGACGAUGAGGAGACUGCUGCUCUCAUCAUUGGUGGUCACACCCUGGGCAAGACUCACGGUGCGGUUCCUGCUAAGAACAUUGGCCCUGAGCCCAUGGCUGCUGAUCUUGGAGAGAUGGGUCUUGGCUGGCACAACAGCGUCAACGAGGGUAACGGUCCUGAUCAGAUGACCAGUGGUCUUGAGGUUAUCUGGUCCACUACCCCCACAAAGUGGAGCAACCACUUCCUCAAGUCUCUUCUCGGCAACAACUGGACCCUCGUCGAGAGCCCCGCGGGCCACAAGCAAUGGGAGGCUCUCAACGGCAAGCUCGAGUACCCCGAUCCCUUCGUCAAGGGCAAGUUCCGCCGCCCCACCAUGCUCACCAGCGAUCUCGCCCUCAUCAACGACCCCUCGUACCUCAAGAUCUGCAAGCGCUGGCACGACAACCCCAAGGAGAUGAACGCUGCCUUCGCUCGCGCCUGGUACAAGCUGCUCCACCGUGAUCUCGGCCCUGUUUCUCGCUACCUUGGACCCGAGGUUGCGAAGCAGAAGUUCAUCUGGCAGGAUCCUCUCCCUGAGCGAAAGGGCGACAUCAUUGGCGAGGCUGAGAUCUCCAGUCUCAAGUCCACUAUCCUUUCUACCGAUGGUCUUGAUGUUUCUAAGCUUGUUUCUACUGCUUGGAACUCCGCUUCUACCUUCCGUGGAACUGACAAGCGCGGCGGUGCUAACGGUGCUCGUAUUGCUCUUGAGCCUCAGGUCAACUGGGUCAGCAACAACCCCAAGCAGCUCAAGCAGGUUCUCUCUGCCCUGAAGAAGGUCCAGAAGGAUUUCAACGCCAAGUCCGGCUCCAAGAAGGUCUCUCUCGCUGAUCUGAUUGUCCUCGGUGGUGUUGCUGCUAUUGAGAAGGCCGCUCAGGCUGCUGGCUUCAAGGACGUCGAAGUUCCUUUCACUCCUGGCCGUGUUGAUGCUACUCAGAACCAGACCGAUCUCGUUCAGUUCGGUUACCUUGAGCCCCUUGCUGAUGGAUUCCGUAACUACGGACAUGGCACUACCCGUGCUCGCACUGAGGAGAUCCUUGGCCAACUUACCAACGACUUCUUCGUCAACCUUCUCUCUCCCGCCUACUCAUGGGCCAAGAAGGAUAGCCAGGGCGAGCUCUGGACCGGCACUGACCGCGCCACCAAGUCCGUCAAGUGGACUGCUACCCGCGCUGAUCUGGUCUUCGGAUCUCACGCUGAGUUGCGUGCUAUCUCUGAAGUCUACGGUAGCGCUGAUGCGAAGGAGAAGUUUGUGAAGGAUUUCAUUUCUGCGUGGACCAAGGUCAUGAACCUGGACCGCUUUGAUGUCAAGGCUGAGAAGUAG